GAGAUAUCAACACCGAAACAAGCAGUGGUGCAAGAUGAACGCCAUGCCAGAAGUUCCUGCUGUAAUAGGGUUAAUUCCGCCUAACCUUGAAAAUCAAGCUCCACCAAAGUAUGUUAAGCCUGGUCCCUACACUUUCCGUUCAAGUAAACCCUUGUCUCAGAGCUGUGGGUUCUUUGGUGUGGAUAGGUAUCCUAGUAUUGAGUAUACCUUGUGGCAGUGCUAAUGUCUCAGGAGACUGUGAAAUGAAAGCUAUCUGGCUUGCGUCUAUCUGUCGUACUUGUCUUGUUUAUAUUAAGUGCCCGGGAUGCCUCAAGAGACGAGUCAAUCUUAUAGCCAUUCGGACGCGAGUUAGCCAUGUCUCUCCUUGCAUUCGUGGUGUCUUUCUCUUACCUCUAUCUAACGGGCUCGUUAGUCUUUGAUACCAUCCAUUGGCUCCUCCACAAAUGGUCCAGAUCACAAUGGAGAUUCCUUCGUUGGCUUUCAUACUGCCACCAAUUUCAUCAUCUCUACUACAACCGCUCGCUGAAGUUCAACCACCGGUACUCACGACAGAAUUCCUGGAUUGCAUUACCUCUUGAAAUGCUCUGCAAAGUUCUUGGAAGCAUAGCAGGAUGGCUUCUUGCCCGGCACUUGAUGGCACAUAACAAACAAACCAUUGAUACAGCGCCUCUACUCGUGGCGUCCGGAUUCGAGAUUAUACGAACUCUUGUUGUCAUUGCCAUGAGCGGUCGAGACUCGAAUCAUAUCGCCUUCGACACCGUGCCUAAAGACCAUAGCUGGCUUUUUGUCGGACCCGAGUACCAUGCCUUACACCACGUCUAUCCCGAGCGAUACAUGGGCUCGAUGGUCAAAGCAUUUGACUGGGUAGCGGGAACUGCAUACUCUCUGCGGGGCAAAAGGGUCAUCCUCACAGGCGGAUCGGGUGCGUUUGGGUGCGCAAUAGAGAAACAGCUCCUGUCUGAAGGGGUGAUGGAUAUUAAGAAGUUACAGUUCGGAAAAGACCGGACUCAUCAUGACGUCUCUGGAGUCAGCCACUUUAUGGAAAAAUCUGAUAUCCUUAUCUUAGCACAUGGUACCAAAGGGAGGGAUGCCAUGGAUGCUAAUUGCAAGUCGACCAUCCGCCUCAUCGAACUCUUCCUCGGACGCAAAGCUGUUGACAAUACUCGCCAGACCAAGACAGCCCCGGAGAUAUGGUAUGUAGGCAGCGAGAUCGAAGUUCACCCUGCAUGGGGAAAUCCAGAAAUGCAACGAUACUCCGCCUCAAAGCGGGCGUUCCUACCUUAUGCUCGAGCCCUAUAUGACGAUCCUCGGGUAAUUUACCGUCACAUCGUACCUGCGGCCUUUGAAUCGCCCAUGGGAAAAGCAAUUGUUUCGCCAGAUUGGGCUGCCCGUGUGGCUCUAUGGUGGAUUCGUCGUGGAGCUUAUUAUGUUCCUGUCACCUACACGGGACUCGCUUUUUUGAACUUCUUCAAAUUCCUUCUUUUGGUUCGCCCAUGCACAAGGCCAGACUGUGAGCAGUAGCACAGAGUAUCUCUACAAUUGGGAUUACGCAGUAUAUAGACAUUGUUUAACUAUGUUCAUAGUUUUCUGGCGUAUGUACAUAGCGAAGAGGGUGGAGCUAUGUGGGGGAAGUAUCUGAAGUAUUUCCUGUGAAGGAGGUUCUCAUUUUCUUCGAUAUAUUCUCCAUUCCAAUUGUUUCUUAAAUGAUACAUACGGG